CUUGCAUCAACAUGACCUGGUCGCGUCGUGAAUACGCUUCUUUGUGUCAUUGAACCCGUCUUACCAUGCACCAAGCUGGGUGCUUUUAUUCUGUAUCAUGAUACUGGCCUCCUUUCCACCAUCUCAUCCUCCAUGAGUGUUUUGGUCCUCCACCAUGGACCUCUUCCGUGUUCGGCUGAACUGCAUCGACCACUACCAGGCGACGCCGACGCAUUACGAUCCCCAAUUACGGAAUGAUGUCGGUCCUGCACAGGCGAAGAAGGGCCCCAAGGUUCCAGUCGUGAGGAUUUUUGGAUCGACAGAGACGGGACAGAAAGUUUGCGCUCAUAUCCAUGGCGCCUUCCCAUACGUCUACGUCGAGUAUCGCGGCAGCUUAGAGCCCGAAGAUGUGGGCGCAUACAUCUAUCGACUUCAUCUUUCCAUUGAUCAUGCCUUGGCUUUCGUCGCCCGCAUCACCCUUGUCAAAGGGGUGCCGUUCUACGGCUUUCACAUCUACAUAUUGUCCGACUUGCUUCAACAAGGCGUCAUUCUCAAGCAGAAGUUUCAACCCUACGAAGCCCAUCUCCAGUACCUACUACAGUUCAUGACCGACUACAAUCUGUACGGAGACCCUAUCCCUUCGUUUGAGAAAGAAGGAAACUCCCAACACCUCUGGCAUGAUCGGACGAUUCCCAAGACUCGAGUCCUCGAUGGCUUGACUCUACCGAGGGUCAACAUUUGCGAGCGCCGGCUCCACCACGACUUUGUUGAGCGUCUUAAACCACUCCCAGAAGAUUUCAAGCUUGACGAGACUCGUCGCCGCAACCCCUUUCCUGCAGAAGUUUUGCGCGACUCGCAACCGCAAGGGUGGAUUCACGAGGAAGAGUACAAAGAAGAAGUCGCAAAGCUCAUCGAAAGCGAAAAGGGGUUGGAAGAGUCCGCGCCGCCGAGCUUUGAGACCUUUGCUGCCGUGAAGACUGCACUCCAGUCAGUAGAGGAUUUAUAUCCAUCCAACCUUUUGCCGGCCCUCGGAUUACCGUCAAAUCAUGUACCAACAAACAAGAAUCCGGCCAGCAGCGUACUCAAUCUCGGAGUUGAUGAUUACGACCCUUAUCCAGCCGAUUCUGACGAAGAGGCUCUUAUUCAAAUGGGCGAGCCGAUGACGAGGCAGGACGGUCAAAUUAAAGGCCCUGGCAUCAAGGGAAGGCCAUCUGUCACUAGUGAUACUGGAUCCAGAAGCGAACCUGCCGCUGUCGACCCGACAAUCAAGAUCAUCAACGGGCUGGGGAUGCAAUACGAAGGCACCGGCAACCCACCAGUGGUGCCGGUUUGGGACGAUCUGCUCGAUAUGGCUGAACAAGAAGGCUCCGAUCUAUAUCUCCACAUGCGACAGUGUCUUCUAACAAACGCCCAAGAACCGAGCUUCCAGUAUCUCCCGUGUCCAAUACGAAGCAUCAGGUCACGAUGUUGCCCCCAAAUUCUCAAGACAAGCCACGAUCAUCUCAGAAUGCAGGCUCCAAGUCCGCGGCCAACCACUUGUUGGGUUUUCCAGUGGUCAAAAAGCCAGGAGGACCCGGGCACGAAGCUUCGAUUGAGUCAGAUGAGCCAGCCCCGAGCUUCGCAACAAGCUGAAAAGGAUUCCCAAAAACAUGUUUCCUUCAGUCUAGCGCCCGAAGAGACACGAAGCAGCCCAUACCGAUUACUCCAGCAAAGAAGGUUCGAAUCGCUACUCCAGAAACCGACUCAACAGGGACCGAAACAGGAACGGAAACAAUGCUCCAUCGGAUUCAGACAGCGGUCGGAUCCUUCUCCGCAAAGCGUCAGUAUGCCUACUACAGCGAAGAAAAGGACGUCCCGGCUCGUCCCAGAGAGUAUGCCGGCCGAGAAUUCCGGCUCGAGAGCAACACUCUGCCCUAUCUGGCGGAAUUUGACCCAACUGGGACAUCUGCCGCCAGCAUGGGCAUUAAAUCAGACACACCCAUUGAUAAGGCCAAGAACGACCUUGUGUUCAUACCGAAGCUGGGAGAUAGCUCAACCGCCGCCAAGCGUCAAAGAAGUUCAAGAUUGGUGGAACAAGAAGCAUCCCAUCACGGGCACCCCUCAAGCUACAAGACGCAACCUCUCCCAGAUUGACGGGCCUACCCCGAAAAACAAGCAUGGCUUCAAGUACUCGCCCAAGAAAAAAUCGACCAGCGUCAAGCAUGAGGCGCAGUACAUGAGUACUAUGGCCCUCGAGGUUCACGUCAACACGAGAGGCAAAUUUGUUCCCAAUCCCGACGAGGAUGAGGUCCAGUGUAUAUUCUGGUCUAUCAAAGCAGAUGGCACCGCCAGCAGCAGUCAGGAAGCUUCAGGGAGGAUGCGGCGGUAUGUUUCCGCAGAGGUCAUUGAGGAAUCGUCUGAGCUCGAUGUCAUGGUUCGCAUGGUACAAAUUGUCAGAGACCACGAUCCUGAUAUCCUGACAGGGUAUGAGGUUCAUGGCAGCUCGUGGGGUUAUCUCAUCGAACGAGCCCGAUUUUCUCGUAUGAAGAAGAACUCUCACGGCCGCAUCGGAAAAGAAAACGAUCGAUGGGGCUUCAACACAACAUCGACGAUCCGCGGGAAAUUAAAUCUGCUUCAGUAUACCAUGGAGAACGUCGUCUGGCACGUUUUGCACCGCCGCAUUCCUCACUACUCCUGGAGAACCCUGACACAGUGGUACAACAGCAGUAGACGGGAUCUCGAUAAGCUGACGCGCUACUAUUUGACACGAACGAGGAUCGACAUUCAGAUAUUGGAGUCAAACGAACUCAUCCCGCGAACAAGUGAGCAGGCCAGACUUUUAGGAGUGGACUUCUUUUCGGUCUUCUCUCGCGGUUCUCAGUUCAAGGUCGAGUCCAUCAUGUUCAGGAUUGCGAAGCCCGAGAACUUCAUGCUAAUUUCCCCCAGUCGGAAGCAAGUCGGCGGCCAAAACGCCCUUGAAUGUCUCCCGCUGGUGAUGGAGCCUCAAAGCGACUUCUACAACAGCCCGCUAUUGGUACUCGACUUUCAGAGUCUGUACCCUAGUGUCAUGAUUGCUUACAACUUAUGCUACUCGACAUUCCUCGGCAGGAUUGUCAAUUGGCGGGGGAUGAACAAGAUGGGCUUCACCGAGUAUCAGAGACACAAGAGGCUGCUGGAGCUCCUCAAGGACCAUAUCAACAUCACACCCAACGGGAUGAUGUACGUCCGGCCUGAGAUUCGGAAAUCUCUCCUGGCAAAGAUGCUUGGCGAGAUUUUGGAGACCAGAGUCAUGGUCAAGAGCGGGAUGAAGCAAGACAAGGACGACAAAACAUUGCAGGCGCUGCUGAAUAACAGGCAGUUGGCGCUGAAGCUUUUGGCCAACGUCACCUACGGAUACACAUCGGCAUCUUUCUCCGGCCGUAUGCCUUGUUCUGAGAUUGCCGACAGUAUAGUUCAGACAGGUCGCGAGACGCUCGAGCGAGCAAUUGCGUUUAUUCAUUCACAGGAGCAAUGGGGCGCGGAGGUCGUCUAUGGCGAUACGGACAGUCUGUUCGUGUACCUCAAGGGCCGGACCAAGGAUCAGGCGUUUGACAUUGGCAACGAGAUUGCCAAAGCCAUCACUGAUAUGAACCCUAGGCCGAUCAAGCUCAAGUUUGAAAAGGUCUAUCACCCGUGUGUUCUCCUGGCGAAGAAGCGCUACGUGGGUUACAAGUACGAAAGCAAGGAUCAAGUCACGCCCGAGUUCGACGCCAAAGGCAUUGAGACGGUGAGGCGUGAUGGCACGCCGGCAGAGCAAAAGAUUGAAGAGAAGGCCCUCAAGCUGCUCGAGGUCAAGGCCUACUUCCAGAAGCAGUGCGAAAAGAUCAUGCGCGGGUCCGUCUCGGGAGGUAAGCUCGGCACUUACAGCGAUAAGGGCCCGCCGCCACCGGGGGCGCUCAUCAGCACCAAGAAGAUACUCGAAGACGCACGCGCCGAGCCGCAGUACGGAGAACGAGUGCCGUACGUCGUUAUCACGGGGGCCCCGGGGGCGCGCCUGAUCGACCGGUGCGUAGCGCCCGAGGACCUCCUCAACGACUCGCAUUCGCAGCUGGACGCGGAAUACUACAUCUCCAAGAACCUCAUCCCGCCGCUCGAAAGAAUCUUCAACCUGGUGGGCGCCAACGUGCGGCAGUGGUACGACGAGAUGCCCAAAGUGCAGCGGAUCCGGCGGGUGGACCAGACGCUCGGGGCGGCUGGAGGGCUCGGCAGCAAGAAGACGCUGGAGUCGUACCUCAAGUCGGCGUCGUGCAUCUCGUGCAAUAUCAAGAUGCAGGUGGAGGGCGUGCUGUGCGGCAAGUGCCAGCAGGAUGCUCCCUCGUCGUUAUUCAACCUGCAGACGCGACUCAAGGACGAGGAGAGGAAGUACAUGGACCGCCCCCUACCGGCGGCGGAUGAGGUGCCGUGCGAUAGCAAAGACUGUCCCGUGUUUUACUCGCGGUCAAGCAGGGCGCGCGGCUCAAGACGGAGAAGAGCCGCUGGAACCUGUUAUUCGGGAUUGGUCGCAAAGGCUGGGAGAGCCGCGUUGGAGUGGUGAGGUUGUACGAGUGUGUGCGGAUACGCUACUUUUCAUUACGGGUGUGGUCAUUUCAUUUUGGGCGUUUGGCUGGAUACCCUGGGAUCUGGACUCUGGAUAAGGUCAGUGUUGGUGUUGAUGUCGGUGAUCGGUCUAAAGAGAUGGGGCGGCAUGGCGGGUAAAGCGCACCGGCCCUCAGGCAGGAUACAAAUUAUUGAUAAGGAGGUUAUGAUGCCACGGCAAGGGCAAGCCACUGUUUUGAGUAAGGUGGGUGGAUGGGAUUGGACGGACGCGACUCCGUCCGAUUUGCGUACUGUACAGAACAACGGAGUAUCGGUAGAAUACCUCAGACAAGCACUACUUAUCAGACGCAUGCACGAAGGUAGAGAUGGCGGCUUAGGUAGUGUAUGGAGCGUGUGACUGAUGACAUCGUGAGGAGAUGGG